CCACACUCUCAAUUAUGAAGUUAACAACUAAAGUCAUUCAAGAAUUGUACCAAGACAAAUCUAUUGAGGAUUUAAAGGACAUAAAUGCUUCCAAGAAGGAAAUCGACGUAGUCGAAGAUAUCUCCGCUUGCAAAGAACUUCGCAAAGUCAACCUUGCCAACAAUGAACUCGUUGACGAGAAAUCCAUUGCAGGUUUAAAAGAUCUCAAACAAAUUGUUCUUUUAAAUCUUUCUGGCAAUCAUUUUAAAGAUUUUACCGGCUUCCAACAUUUUCAGUCUUUAAAUGUUCUCAAUGUUAGUCAUAACGAUUUGGUCCAUAUGAGUCCUCAUAUCACUAGACUCAAGCAGUUAAAAGCUCUCAUUUUAAAUCAUAACAAUCUUUUAGAAAUCGAAAAUAUCGAGCCAUUACUCCAGUUAAACACUUUAGUGAUAUCUCAUAACAAAGUCGAUAAAGCACCUAGAUUAUCUAGUCUCGCUCAGCUUACAAAGCUUUCAGCUGCCCACAAUCAAUUGACUGAAGUUCCUGAUUUAUCACAUAAUACCUUGCUUAAAGAGAUUCGAUUAAAUGAUAACAAGAUUGCACAGAUACCCGAAACUUUAAGAAAGUGUAACGCUAUUGAAAUUAUGGAUUUCGGAAACAACAACCUCAGCAACUGGACUGACAUUGCCCCAUUUGGCUCUUUAACAAAACUCCAUAAUUUGAAUUUGAAAGGAAACCCUCUUGCUAAGAAGAAGGACUAUCUUGAGAAGAUUCUCGAUCUUGUGCCUUCUCUUCGUAUUUUAGAUGGCGAAAGAUUUGAUCCCAAGUUCUUGGAUCGUAAGAAGAAACAAAGAGAAAAUGUCAACAUCGUUGAAAAGAAACAACGUAUGAAAAGAAUGAAGGUGCAGAAGGAGAAAAAAGAAAAGAAAGAAAGAGGAGACGUUGAUGGAGAUGGAGAUACCAAUAUGGAAGAAGCUAGCGCUACCACUUCUGAAAAUAAGAAGCGUAAGGUUAAGGGUGCAGAGAUUGCAAAGAUUAAGUCUAAGCGAUCCGUUGAUACUUCUGGUGAUGAACCUGCUUUGAAGAAGAAGAAGAAGGCUGCUGCUUCUGAAGAAAAGGAUCUUUUCUUCUUAAAGCCAGAAGAUAAGCCCAUUUUAAAGAAGAAGGUCAAGACUGUUGUGUCUAAAGAAACCGCUCCUAAGAAAAAGUCGGUUGCUGCUACUGCUGCUGCUCCUGCAGCUCCUGUUGCUCCUGUUCUUUCUAAUGCUACCGCUGCUGCGGCUGCUACUCCAGCUUUACCUCAAAAGCCCAAAAGCAAAGCUGAAACUGGUGUUGUUGGUGUUGUGGACAAGACAAAGAAGUUAUUAAAGGCUGGUAAGAAGACAACUGAUGUUGUUGCUGCAUUAGAAAGCGAAAGUAAAAAGCAAGAAGUAAAUGAUUCAGGCACUGGCUUGGAUGUUGGGGGCUGGGAUUAAGUAGUAAAAUUAGAUAAAGUUUAAUAAAUUGUUCAUUAUUGGAACAAAGUUAGAG